GAGGAUAAUUAAUGACCCAUUGUGUGAAUUCGUUGUCGUAGCCGGAAGCAAACCGUAAACAUUCAAUCGCUCCGGAUUAUGUUUCAUAAGUAGUUUAUCAUUCGAACACUGCACAAGUGAAUAUGGUUCCUCAGGCGGCCAUUUUGUGUGCUCUUGUUGCACUUACACAAGCAGCAUAUUUUCAUCGUCCUAAAUAUUUAAUAACAGCAAUGAGGUUCACCCUUGGUGGAUAUCAUGGUAGUCUUGAAAUAGGCAGUGAUUACCCCAUGGGACACAUGCAUGGUAUACCGAGUGUUGCGCAAUUGAGAUCUGUGUUGAAUGUGCCUGAUGAGACCAAACAUCAACUACAGAUGAUUACCAAGGAUAUUCUGGAGACGUUUGGGUUGUAUGAGCCGUUUAGGAAGCAGACCAAGGCUAUGGUGGUGAAUAAUCCGGUGUAUUAUGGUAAUGGGAGUGGGAUGGUUAAUUAUCAUAAGAAUUUGUAUGAUAAGAAGAAGGAUGUGCCGGAAUCUACGCAGACGAGUUAUUAUAAGUGGCAGGGGCUCAAUAGCACGGAUAAUGAUACCAUGGAUAAUUGGGCAGGGGUUGUGACUGAUGCACAUAUACCUUGAAAUGAUAAUUGAAUGAUAUUGCUAUGAAUAAAUAUAUAUUGAUUACAA